AUUGUUCUCGAUAAACUGAAUUUUGGUACGAGUUACCACAAGUUACAAACUGUAAACUGUUACUACAUAUAUUUUUACUACUUACAAAAUCACAAAAAUGUCUUAGAUAAAACGAUAGUCUUGAUGUGUUUCGCCAAUAUAUUUAGGACGAAAAAAACAGUUUAAACAGGGUAUUUCUUUAGGUUAUGAUAUAGUUGUAAUAAUUUUUAGUUUUCAAAUUCAUUUACUGUGAUUUCACUAAAAAUGUUUUGUUGGGGAAACGCAACACAUCACGAAUUAUGUAUUGAUGGGUCUGACAAUCUUGAUUUGAUAAUAAAGCCAACAUUUUCGAAAUGGAAGGAGAGUGGUCAUGUACAAUCAAUAGCAGCUGGAGAGUUCCAUUCAUUAUACUUAACCAACAUUGGCCAUCUGUAUUCAUGUGGCAACAAUGAUGUUGGGCAGUUGGGGCGGCACACAAAGGAUGAUGAUGGAAAAUAUCCAGGUUCUCUUGUAGAAACAUUUAAAGGUUGCAAUUUAUCAGCAAUAGCAUGUGGAAUGCAGCAUUCAAUGGCAAUUGAUGAAUGGGGGCAACCUUUUAGUUGGGGUUCUGACAGUAUGGGUCAAUUAGGUAGUAAUCUAGGGGCACAUGCUCAAGAUAAACCUAAAAUUAUUAAAUUACUAGCUACAAAAAAUUUAAUACAGAUAGCUUGUGGUUCUUACCAUUCUAUAGCAUUGACAAAUAAUGGUGAGUUAUAUACCUGGGGUGCAAAUAGUUUUGGUCAGUGUGGUUUAGGCAUGAUGUCAAAUAAGGAAACAACACCACAACAGAUAACAUCAUUAGUUGGUGUUCCCAUUGCAUUGGUGACUUGUGGGAGUAACCAUACAUUUGUCUUAUCUAAGUCUGGAGCUGUUUAUGGGUUCGGUAAAAAUGGUCACGGCCAAUUAGGACUACAAGACAAGGAUAACAGAUGUUAUCCUACUCAUUUAAAAUCACUGCGUAAUGUUAAGGUUUGUUACAUUUCAUGUGGGGAAGACUUCACAGCGUUUCUAACGUUAGAUGGCGGAGUGUUUACAUGUGGUUCAGGGGAAUAUGGACAGACAGGGCAUGGGGCGGUCAAAGAUGAAUUGGUUCCUAGAAAAAUAAUGGAAUUAAUGGGCAGUACAGUGACGCAAAUAGCGUGCGGACGUAGGCACGUACUGUGUCGCGUCGGCGAUCGCGUGCUCGCGUGCGGAUACGGCGCGCGCGGUCAACUCGGCUGUCCGCACAUGGCCUUCGCACUUGUACCCACGCCCGUGCCGUUUACUCCUAACGAUGAAUCACCGACAGAGCCGGCUGACUCUAAUAAGCCGAAAAAGAAGCCGAAGCUAGAAAGCCAAGCCAAAGAGUGCGCAGGAACUUCAAAAAAUUGUUUUUCAACGGCCCUCCUCAGCGGCCCUAUACGCGUAUUCGCGGGAGGUGAUCACAGUUUCCUCGUAAUCAAUAGUGAUAAAUCUAUACAAGCUGACGCACGGUUACCAGAUGCAAAGAAACAAAUACUCACACUAAAUAUACCUAAACUGGCGGCUUGCGAGGUCUUCAAGGACGACGAUGUAGUGAAUCAGGAUCUAAUGGCAUAUUUAGAGACAGUAUUCGGAUCUCUAUCGUGUUUGAAUGCAUCAUUCCUGUUACAAAAUAGCGCUCAUUAUGGAUGCAAUACAAAAGUGCCUGGAGUGGACAUCAAAAAGGCUGAAGAGGCUUUUAGUAUCAUCAGUCGAUUUGAAAAUACAUCUAUUAAAGAGUUGAUAUUCAGUCAUCUAACAGAGAACGUAAUAAAGGGAGUAAAGAAUUCGCCACCUGAUGCUGAAGCUUUGAGAGUUUUUCUCCUCUUGCCUUUGUACCAUGAGAUGAGGAAUCCGAGGCGACAUCCGGAAUUACAGGGUCCAUUCGCCGAGGCAUUCAACAGGUUAUUAGUCCACCCUCAAAAGAUCGUCCACUUGUGGUGGGAGGCGCAAACGGCGGAGUACUUUGAGAUGCUCGUUGAUAUAUUUAAGAGUGUCAUUGUGUACGAGUUGAUGCAGCCAGUGGUCAGGCUUAAUAAGAGAUUAAAUUUCACACACAGCAUAUUACAAAUACUGAAUGCUCUAUCAACUCUAAACAAAAUAAACUUCACGAAUCCAAAGAAUCCAAAAAUACCAGCGGAAUGUUUCUAUAUUGAGGACCUUAGUGGUCAUGUUAAUAUCGCUAAAGACUAUAUAAAUUGGCUCUCGGAUCAAGAUCGUCUCCGUAAAAGGUCGUACCAAUCAGCAUUUAAUUCGUUACAGUCGAAUCAGCUUCACCUCUGCAACUACGCAUUUCUAUUUGACGUACAAUGCAAGUCUUUGCUACUUAAGAUCGAUCAACAGCUACAAAUGCAAAUGGCUAUCCACAGGGAGGUUACGCAAAUAUUCACGAGACUUUUCAUGGAUCCGACGUACGAAUACCAUAGAGACCAGUUUUUGCAACUGUCUGUGUCGAGAAAUCAUAUUGUGAGAGACACGAUGCUGCAAAUCAGCAAUCAUGACAGCUCUCAGCUGAAGAAGCCGCUUAGAGUAGAAUUCGUAGGUGAGGAAGCGGAGGACGCUGGAGGGGUUAAGAAAGAGUUCUUCCUAUUAUUGCUGAAGGAAAUAUUUGACCCUGUCUAUGGAAUGUUUAAGCAGUCCGAGGAGACAAACAUGAUAUGGUUCUCUAACAACCCAUUUGAAGAUGAUGUCAUGUAUUAUUUAAUAGGUGCAAUAUACGGACUAGCUAUAUACAACUCGAUAAUCAUUUACGUGCCAUUUCCACUUGUACUAUACAAGAAAUUGUUGGACGAAUCUGUUAUAUUGGACGAUUUAUCCGACCUCUACCCAACGCUGGCGAACAGUUUGAAACAUUUGCUUGAAUAUCCUGACGAAGACGUUGAAGAGGUAUUCUGUUUGUGUUUUGCCGUUAACACAGUAGUGUUUGAUCAAGUUCAAGUGCACCCGCUCAAGGAGAAUGGAGAGAAUGUGCCCGUCACACAUGAGAAUAAGGCGGAGUAUGUUGAUUUGUAUGUCGACUUUCUACUGAACAAGUCUGUUGAAAACCAGUUUAAAGCUUUUAAUCAAGGUUUUCAGAAGGUGUGUGGUGGCAGAAUAAUUAAAUUAUUUAGAUCCCACGAAUUAAUGUCUGUAGUUAUCGGCAAUGAGGAGUAUGAUUGGGAGGUCUUUGAGAGCAACGCGGAGUAUAAGAAUGGAUACUGCGCUACGGACCCGCAAAUUAGGUGGUUUUGGGAGAUCUUCCACGAGCUAUCCUUGGAGGAUAAGAAAAAGUUCCUGCUGUUCCUUACUGGAAGUGACCGUGUACCUAUACAAGGCAUGAAAGAUAUUAAGAUAAUAAUUCAAGCUGUUGCGGACGACCGUUAUUUCCCAGUAGCCCAUACUUGCUUUAACCUUUUGGACCUGCCUCGGUACAAAACGAAAGAACGCCUCAAAUACUACCUCGUUCAAGCCAUUCAGCAGACGCAGGGUUUCUCCCUAGUUUAAACGCGAAACGCCCCUGCAUAGUACAACACAAGUAAUGUUUUCGUAGUACCUAUGAUAAAUUGUCACGAACGCAUUUAAUAUUUGGGACCGUAUUCAAAUUUAUCGCGAGUCUUGGUCUAGUUAGAACUUUUAUUUGUCAAGCGUAGCGGAGAUAUUCAUGAUAUCACUUAUAAAAAAAUAAAUUUAUAUAUGUUAGCUUGAUAAUUUUUUGAUUCACAAAUACAUUUUUAAUAUCCUGGUUUUAAUUUUGAUUUUGGUGUAAGUUUAAAUUGUUAUAUGUAUGUCAAUAUACAAUUAUUAUGAAUUAUAAUUAAAACAUUUUUAAUUACGAAAAAUAUUUUAUUAUUAUUACUUAAUUUUUGCGUCACAAUUUCUGUGUAUAUGCAUAAUAUCACUUGUGAUUAUACGAAAAGCGUAAAAUUGGUUUACUAUGUAAUUUACGGCUCGUAGCAAUUACGUUUCGUAUUUUGGUUUUAGAACUCCAACGUUAGAAUAUAAAUACACAUUAAGAAGCCGAGCCAUGAUUUAUAUAAUUACGUAGACAAUUCUUCGUAACAUAACAAAACAGGUGUGAUUAUAAUAAUGUCCUAAAAUAGAUCAUUGCUAUUUGGUGUCUAUUUAUAUGCAUUUGAAAUUUUAUAUGUAAUAAUUUUAAAUCAAUUUUAUCAUAAUUCUUACCACAAACAUUAGUAUGGUUUUGUUAAUGUCGUUUAUAUACGCCAUUGAGGCUUACGGCCGUUAAAUCAGAACGCGCUACUGAAAUUUUCAGUACUAAAUUGUUUACCAUUAUACAAUUCGAAUAAAAUUAAUGCUUCACACAAAUUAUUACAACCCAACUAAAGGAAUAUUGAAAAACAGAUUUUACGUGCGUUCGCUCGUAACGAAUUUCUAGAGCGCCUCAGGGUCCAUAUAUAUAUAGACAAUUCUAAUUAAAAAAAAAUAUCACCAAUAUUCGCAAGAUUAUAAAAAGCAAUAGUUUUAAGGUAUUUUACAAUGCACCACAAGUAAAAGUUGUAUUUCUAGUAAUUCAAAGCGUCCACAUAGGUAUUUGUGAGGACGUUAUAACGCUAGUUAUCGAACGGUUAAUUUUGGGAAUGUUAUUGUUAAUACAUGUUGCUUAUUUUAUUUCGUUGAUCGCCUCCGUGUAGCUGAAAAUGUUAAAGUAAGUGUAAAGCGAAAAGCGCCUUUUUAAAGCGUUAAACGGAAUAUUUCUUAAUGUUGAAUUGGUAUCAUGUUGUGUAUAAGCUAUCCGGUCAAUAACUUGUUCUGAGCAAUUCUUCUGAAAAUAACUGUUUUUAUUGUCUGUGGAAAUUCAGUAUUGACACAGAUAAUCGUGAAAUAGAACAGAGUAAAUGAAGCCCCUUAUUGGACGAAUAGCUUGACGAAAAUUGGAACAGGUAGAUAAUACUGGUUAGCCUGUGAUAUAGUUUAAUCUGACAAUAUAACUGGCUUUGUCAUGUUGUUUAUUUUGUAUGAUUGUACAUCAUAUGCAAAGUUGACCACAUUGAUUGGGUAUUGCUAAUUUUAAUUUCGAAGCAUUUAUGCAUCUAUUUGUAGCUCAUUCUAUGGUGUGGUUUGAGAAAAAAUAUAUUAUUUUCUUACUA